GGUCCUUGGGUACCUCCCGGCCACCUGUCAGUCGGUGGCCGGUCGCGAGCUCGACAACAACCCGCUCGCGUCCAUCCCAGGGGGAACGCAGAGUCAGAGCACGCACCGCUUUGUGCUGUCAGCGAGACGGUUACGGCGAAGCAGCUGGCAGCGACCGCCGCUGUCCGGUAGCUCUGCCAGGGUUCGCCGGCAUUGCGCUCCGCCGCGCGCAACGCCGCUGGCGACCGAUCUGCUGCGGGGACAGCAGUCAUUGCUCGUGUGCGUGCAGCCGUGUCAGUGUGAGCAGGUGAUUAGUGGCUAGCGAUGGGCGGCGUGACGUGAUUGCUGGAAUGUCGUCGCCGUGCUACAGAGGCCCGCCCAGACCUGGCAACGCUGCCGCGCCUCAGCCGCCGGUCUCAGCGGCCGCCGCCACUGCCGUGCGUAGCUCGCCCACGGAGCUAAGAGAUGGCACCACCCGUAUCCCGGCCAGGUGCGGGGGCACGUACUCUCUGGCGUGCGCGCGUGUGUCCGUGUCGCCGGUGGGAGGCAGCCACGCGGCGAACGACGCGCCGCCCCGCGGAGGCGCGCCAAACAACGAGGCGGACUGCUGCUGCGGAGUGGCGCAGCUGUUGCACUCCCGGAUCCCCACAGCCACCGACACGGCCGCUAUUAAUAGGCGCGCCGGUAUCUUUAGCCGCAUAAAUAGUAGCGAAGCGGCGCGCGCUCAGCCAGUGUCGGAUCUGCAGCCUCGCGUCUACCGGUCGACGUUCGAAUGGUCGCGCCUCGGUGAGGCGGGCGCCGUCGCUGUCGCCACCGCCCCCGCCCCCGCCCCCGCCGCCCCCAGCGCGCGGCGCGUCGCCGUGCGGACCAAGCCGCAGCUCCCCGCGUCCCUGCGGCCGCCGGCCACCUGCACCUCUGCCCACGCCGCCCUCGACGUGGCCGACGACGAGCAGCCGCGGCCCGGCGCCGCGCGCCGCAACGCGCUGGACCGGCUGCAGCGCUUCCGGCUGGAGCGCUCUGGCCGGAGGAGCCCCGCCCCCUCCACCCCCGCCUCGGCCGCCACCGCCGCCGGCAGUGCGCACGCGCAGAGCCCGAGCGCGGCCCCGCCCCCCGCCCCUCCGCCGCACCGCAAGAAGCCGGCGCGCACUAGCGACAAGACGGAGCGCCUGCGGGAGCUCACCGAGAAGCUCAAGGGUGGCGAGCGCAGGCCGCCUCCGCCCCCGCCGCCGCCGAGCGCGUCCUUCUCGCAGGUGGACUUCUCGCCGUCGGACGGAAAGUACAUCCGGUGCGUGGCGCGCGCCAGCCCUUACGCGUCACCAGCUGCGGCACCGCCGCCAGCGGCUGUACCACCUCCGACGGCGGCAGGUGGUUCCCUGACGCUGCCGCGCAAGCGAGCGCCAGCUGCCGACCUAGCCGUGCCCUCUACCGAAGAGCAAGUCGCGGGAGGCUCCACUCCCUCCGUAGACUCGGCCGUCGGCUCCGACGAAGGCCUCGUCGCCCCCACCUCGACGAUAUCUUGCGGCAAGUCGCCGGACGGUACCGCCUCGUCCGAGGCCUCGCACAAGCCGUCCGGAGCGCGGUCUCUGACAUACCCACUACCGAGGAGGGGCUCCCGAUCCGACGACGACAUUCCCUUCACGUCCAUCGACGGCAACGGGCUCAAGAGCCUACUCUGCACUCCACUGAGCUCCUGCGCCGUCCGAGAGCUGCCCGAAGUCGCCGAGGAGAGCGAAACGUCACUGACCGACAGCGGCGUGGCGGCCAACGUUAGCGAGUUAGGAGAUAAGCAGCACCCAGAUACGCCGCCCGCGCCCGACACGUCCACUCCCACAGCUGACGCGGACGCGGACGCGGCCUGCCACCAAUCGAUCGGAACCGAGCCGCCCGUUACCGACGAACACCGAGAAAUACCCGACGCGUCUGGCGACGUACGCGAGUAUACGGCGCACGUAGUGUCCAAGACCGUCGAGUAUACCAAAGCGCACGACCAAAACGACGGGGAACUCGAGGAUUACGAGAACUGCGAGUACGCUUUUCAGAAAUGCUACGACGACGAUUCCGGUGAAAUCUUGGAAUACUUCAAGGAUCCCGACCGAGAGGUUGCCGAAAAGAUGGAAACGAGAAUGCUAUUAGACGACAGUGAAACGGCCGAGCGACCGAGCACUAGAGAAACUGAGGGCGACGCCGCCGAGUCCGAUACGGGAUCGGGUCCAGUUUUCGUGGCGCAGUGGCCGAAAGAAAAGGCCGAAUAUCGAGACGUGGGGACCGACAGUCCGACAUCGGCCGUAAGAAUCAGUUUGCAACCAUCUAGUCACAAAAGAGGCCGGUCGGAGGGCGAGAUUACGCUCGGCCGAAGACAGGUCUGCUACACGCCGCCGCCCACGCCCCCGCGCGAGAGGGAAGAGGCGGCGUCCGCACAGCGGUCCAGCGCUGACGUCAGCUCGGACGCGGUGGAAGGGACACGAAGACGACGAAGAGUGGAGGCCGGCGGCGCCGGCGCCGGCGCCGACGCGUCCGCAGCUCACCUGCCAGAGCUCCGAGGAGAGGGAGGAGCCCCGGGGGUGCAAGGCCCACCCCCUAUAUAG